AGAAAUAUACUUGCAGGUGACGUGACUAGACUGAAGUAAAAGAAUGUUGUGUCAGUUUCUGAAACGUUAGUAUCCGGCAGUUUGAAAACUACAUUUUUUGAGGAGUUGCGAGUCCCCGCCUCGCGCACUGCCCUUUCCCUCGGUUCCUUGUUUUCGGACCGCAGCGCCGCAGCAGCGGCGGUUCGAUUUUUCGUCGUCUGCUAUGUAGGCCUAACAAAAGCUACGGCCGAUCGCCUCGCAUCAGUUCGCUCGCUCGCUGCUCCUGCGCUUGCUUGUUCACGCCAUGGAAGAUCUUGCGUCGACGGCGGCUCCGCUAGAGACGUGACUCCCAGAGCUCGUUGGAAGGAGUGUGCCUGUGAUUUCUGCUUCACGUGCGCCUCGCUCCAUCAUGCAUUCGCAUUUACCCUUCGCUCGUAGUAGUACCGCAUGAAUGGUGCAGUGCCAUCGGCCUUCUCCCAGCUGAGCGCGGCGGCGGCGGCGGACGACCCAGCGUCAUGAUGUGCGCGAGUCGCAAAGCGAAGGUGCGUGCCCUGGUCGCGGCCUGCCUGGUCGUGUGUGCCGCGCUUGUGUUCUUCUACCACUACUCGAACGAUGCUGGAGAGCUGUCUGAACUGCAUCGCAAGCGGUUGUACGGCGAUCAGCGGCGGCGGGACGACUCGGUCAACUUCGUGGACGACAAAGCGCACUCGUCGCCGAAGUCGUCGUUCACGUGGCCGUGGGCCAAGCGGGACAUGUUGACCGCUGCCGGCGAUUGCCGUGCCUUGAAAGUGCGGCGCGAUGUGGAUUUCCAUACUCCCGAUGUCUACCCGACGCUCAACUUCAAGCCUCAGUCAAGGAGCUACUGGAAUCAGACCUUCGAGAACCGCUAUUACGAAACGAGAAAGCAAUGGGCCAAGCUACCGCUGGAGGUGAUCGUGAUCCCGCACUCGCACAAUGACCCGGGCUGGCUGAAGACGUUCGAGGGCUACUUCCUGAGCAACACGGCGCACAUACUGAACAACAUGGUGGAGUUCCUGCAGAGGCACAAGGACUUCUCCUUCCUGUGGGCCGAGAUGUGCUUCUUCUCACGCUGGUGGCGCAGCCUGGAGAACCGGCCGCACCUUCGGGACGCUGUCCGACACCUGGUACACCGUGGCCAGCUGGAGAUGGUGACGGGUGGCUGGGUGAUGACGGACGAGGCGGCCGCCCACUACUAUGCCAUGGUGGACCAGCUGGUCGAAGGGCACCAGUGGCUGCGCUCCACCCUGGGCGUGGUGCCGCGCGCCGGCUGGUCCAUAGAUCCGUUCGGGCACGGUGCGACCGUGCCGUACCUCUUGCAGGCCGCCGGAAUCCGCAGCACGUUUAUCCAGCGGACCCACUUCGCUUGGAAAGAGUUCCUCGCCGCGAGGAGGGACCUCGAGUUUCUUUGGAAGACUCCGUUCCCGACGUCUUACUUCAACGACUCGGGGGUGCUGACGCACAUGGCACCGUUCGAGCUGUACAGCAUCAAGCACACUUGCGGACCCAACACGGACGUGUGCCUCAAGUUCGACUUCCGCCGGCUCGCCGGCGAGUACACUGAGAGCCGCGCGUCGCAGGUCGCCGACCACAACGUGGCCACCCUAGCCGAACUGCUUUUGGGCCAAUACGGGCGCAUUGGCUCGCUGUUUCCGCACAACGUCGCCCUGGUUCCGCUCGGGGACGACUUCCGGUUCGACCACGACAUCGAGUGGGAGCAGCAGUACGCCAACUAUCGCAAGCUGUUCGACUACAUCAACAAGAGCAAGCGGCUGCACGCGCACGUGCGCUUCGGCACCCUCAGCGACUACUUCGAAGAGGUCUACACGCGGAUGGAGAAGGGCGUCUCGCACGAGCACCCGUUCGCCAAGCUCACCGGUGACUUCCUUCCGUACGGUGACAUGUACGCCGAGGGCAAGCCUUCCUACUGGACGGGCUACUUCACCACACGACCCUACCUGAAACACUUUUCCCGGGAGCUAGAGCACUGGCUCCGUGCGGCCGAGAUCCUCUUCAGUCUCGCCCGUGUCUACCUGAACGAGAGCGGUCAGACGGACCUGGGCCGCCGACUGGAUGCCGACUACGUCUUCCUAGUGCAGACCAGGGACGCCCUGGGCCUCUUCCAGCACCACGACGCCAUCACGGGAACGUCCAAGGAAGGCGUCAUGACCGACUACGGGUCGCGCAUGUACAACGGCAUGAAGGAGGCCAUGGGCGUCAUCGCUCAUGCCGCCCAAUAUCUAAUGCUCGUCGAGCAGCCGAUGGUCAACGCCGCGAUCCACUCGCCGAGGCCGGUAACGUCGUACCUCUUUCCCGACGUGCAGAGGCCCACUUACGACGUGCUCCCAAUCAAGCUGCCGCUUACCGUGCCCGAGGUUCACGGCCGCAAGAUAGUCCUCUACAACUCACACGCGCAAGCUCUGCAGGAGGUGGUUCGCGUGGACGUAUCUGACCCCGUCGCCAGGGUGCUCGAUUCGACGGGCGAAGACGUCUUGUUCCAGCUCAACCCUGUGUGGACCGACGCUGCUGCCGUGUCCAGCGUCGUGUUCGAGCUGGUCUUCGUCGCCAAGCUCGAGCCGCUGUCGCUGAGCACAUACACUCUGCUCGUCGAGUCUGGGAGGCUAACGACGCCCAAGACAAGGGUCUCGAUGUUCGUCGGCGACUCGUGGUCCGGUGCCGGCGCGCAGUCCAUCUUCAACUUCGAGAGCCCGCACACGAAGCCGGUUGUCCUGUCGACUCCAUACGUGGAGGCGACAUUCUCUCAUGAAACGGGCCUCCUGCGUUCAAUCCGGUUGCUCAAGAGCGGUCUGGAGAGGCGGGUGAACGUCUCCUUCAACGCGUACAGAUCGCUCGAGUUCCACAGCGGCGCCUACCUCUUCGAGCCGGACGCCAGCGACCCGUUCGUGAACGUCACCGGGCGUUUUCCGAUUGUGCGCGUGGUCCAGGGACCGAUCACCUCCGAGCUUGUGGCUGCCUAUGCGGACGGGCUGACGCACACGUUCCGCGUGUACCACGUCGACGGCUUCCUCGGAGGCGGCCUCGAGAUGAGCGUCGUGUUCGACCUGUCGAGGCGCUCCGAUUACAACGUCGAGAUGUUUAUGAAGCUGGACACGGACGUAGACAACGGCGAUCGCACCUUCUACACGGACUCGUCGGGAUUCCAAAUGACGAAGCGCAUCACCGAUGUGCGGUUGCCCGUCGAGGCCAACUACUACCCGGUGACCGCUGCCGCCUACCUGGAGGACGAGCUGUCGCGCGUGACGCUCCUGGUGUCGCACGCGCACGGCGCCGCGAGCGUCCAGCCGGGAUCGCUGGAAGUGAUGCUGGAUCGCAAGCUGCGUUACGACGACAGCCGCGGUCUCGGCGAAGGCGUGCUGGACGUGCGCGAGACGCAGGCCGACUUCUGGUUGCUCCUGGAACCAAGGGUCGCCGAUGAUUCCGGCAAAGGCAACGAUCGAAACAAGCCGGUGGGCGAAAAUGACAGCGGCAGGAAAUCACAGGACGUCCCCAACCUGUCCUCGCUGGCGCACUCGCUUUCGCAGCGGCUCCUCUACCCAGUCGUCGUGCUGGCCACCGAAGGACAGCAGAACCGAGCACUUCAUCCGGGCUUCAGUUUUCUGCACGCGGGCUAUCCGUGUUCGACGUGGAUGAUGAACCUGCGCACGACGCCUCUGGAGGAAGACUUCGACCGUCCUUCGAAGAGCAGCCUGUUGAUUCUGCACCACAAGGCCGGCUCUUGCCGCGUGGCGAGCGUCGGUCCGGCGUCGUGCGAGUUGGAGAGGCCUUCAGCAUCGUCGGGCGCGGGGCCUCAGGGUGACGCGCCCUCUGCCAGGCGCGCGUCAUCGCGACCCGAGAAGUUCCGGCUCGUCAAGGUGCAGUCGGUGCACAGGACUACGUUGACGGGCGUCCGAAACGGAGCCAGGCUGCCCGACGUGCAUGCGAUCGACGUGCCGCCCAUGGAGAUUGUGACGCUCAAUAUUACCUUUGGUCCGUAAAUGGGAAGAUUCGGAAUGAGGGCUAGUCUGUGGUUACAUACUCUGCGAAAGGCGUUUGUAGACAUUUGGCAUAAUGCUAAGUGUGCCAGAAAUGGGGAUCAGCGUAUGGCUGACUGUUGUGAUGGAUCAAGCUCGCUGCGACCUGCCAUGGUUACUUUUUCUAGCUCACUGUAGAAGUUUCAAGAUCUGUUUCAAGCCGCGUGUGUGAAAGGUUGCCGGUUUCCACUGGACGGCCUCAAGCUGGUUGUGCGAAUCUGCGGCCUUGCGCGUUAAUGGACGUGUCGUGUGUGUAAGUUGUUUGCGCCGAAUGCGUGCAUGCGCGCUUCUCGCCAAAAGCGGCUGUGGCCGGAACGUUGAGUAACGUUGAAACUGUUUCAGAAUCUCUCGGUGCCGCGAUUCUGUGUGUGCAAGUUGUCUCAAGCAAGCGCCACUGUGUCGCUUUGCGCGCUUUCGCAAUCCCUGAGCCUAUCCUCACCUUUGGCGCUCUGCCGAUAUGUCGCGGCGUACGUUGGUCGAAGAUGUUGCGGGUGCCAACUCGCGACGGGCAGGAGCCCGCGCUGCGCGUUAUAAGCAGCUGUGAAGAAGCGAAUUUGUCUAUUUUAAAGAGAAGAAGGUUCGCUGACCUCCGCGAAGUUUUCUGCUGAUGGUUAUGAACAUAUCGGCCUGAAGUUGAUCGUGAGAGAAGGACAGUUCUUAAUAGACUGUACGCGAGGUAUCGCAAGUGCGCAGCUUUAAGAUAACAACGGGGCGAAUAGGCUUAUACACUAUAGUUUCGGUACAAAAGGCGGGUAAAAAUAUUCCUUUGUCGUCCAUAAGUGACGCGGUUAAUGUAGUUCGGAUGGUUGUCCAUUAAGGGUAAAUGCUAAAGGUUGUCGCGCUUCGCACGUUGGCGUGAAUCUUGUAGCUGUCACUCUUGCAACUCUUUGUUCACCUCUUGCAUGUUUGUACCUGCUCUCCCGAGAAUCUUAUUUACAGACUUCGAUAUAAAGUCGGAGUCGCGUCUAGCCGCGCCUACGAUGAGUAUUAAUAACACGAGUGACGUUCGAAGGCAACUCAGGGUAUGACCACACGUGGCACGAGAAAGCUUUACGCAGCCUUCACUCCGCCCUCUCACUGCUGAGCUAGCGUCGCUGCAGUGAUUUGUUUACUUUGUUUUUAUCAUGUUUAUGUUGCCUCAAACUCAACUACACUGGUAGGCGCGCGGCGCCAGCCGUGGGUUGAGUACGAGUGAAACAGAAUCGGCGAUCAUAGGGUUUUACGAAUUGAGGUCAAGGAUAACGACUUGAUUGAAGCGCAUGCGAACCCGGGUGUCAGAGCGUAUAAUACAAAAACAGAUCGUUAUUCAAAAGUCGGAACUCGGCGUGUCGUGCUGUUCCCAGCUGUUUCUGUGUUUGUUUGGUUUUAUUUUCUUCACCAGGCGUGAAUUUUUCUUGACAACGAAGUGGUCUCGCAUUGCUAGACCCUUCAUGCCAGUGCGCAAUUGACAUUAGCGAUCUCAGUCGUGCUUGAGUACUAUCGAUCUGUUCGAUGCUUGGUGUCCGGGGGACCACCGACUUCUAGCCCUGGGUCUGGGUCGCACUAUCGUCGCUUUGCUUUCGCGGAGGCGAUCUUCGUUGGGUACAUCUCGCCUAUUUACAAAUUUGCGAAACUGACAGUUCUGACGCGAGUUGCUUAUAUAUAUUUUUUUCUCUGGCCUGCUUGUAAGCGUAGACCUUUGCCUAUCGGUAGCGCCUCGAGCAGUGGCUUACGUCGAUGACUCUUCUGAAGUAAAUCAUCGGUGCGAUUGUCACUUAUAGUACCGACUUCGGCUUGACGCGGAGGUGCUUCCGCAGCGGGUGGGAGGCCGCCGAGGCUUUUGCGUACUGAAAUCAGACGCUUUGACAACCAGUAUAACCAUGCAUCGACCUGUCUUCCGUAGUUGACGACAUUCACUGUUUAUCACAAGCUCUGCAUCAGAGCGUGUAUAUACGUGUACAUAGGAAAUAACUUUAUUGGUUGCGCGAAGGUUAGCAAUUUCGAAAGCUUACACCAAACAUGUGUGAUCUUGCGCAAAGCGCUAUCUUCUUCUUUUUUUUUUUUUUCUUCAGCAGUUUCAUUCGCGUACGCACUGCUGACGAGCUGCACCUUUUUUGCAGGCACAUAGUUUCCAGGCGCCUAAUUGCGAAAUUAUUUAUUGCGGAGUAAUGGCACAUGGCCAUAAACGGUAACUCGGACAGACGCCCUCGUGCGUUCCUGGUGUUGUGUGGCCGGGUCAUGUCUAACGCGUAAUUGUUGCUUGCUUGUUUGCGCUUACUGAAGCAAGUAUAUUGCAGUACGGCCAUUCACCACCACAGCCGCUCUGUAUAAUGUUACGUGGAGAGGUGUUUAUUUCUUUUCUUCUUUUUCUUGUUUCUGUUUCUUUUUUCUCAAUCAGUUCGUAAUACGAACUACCGUGCAAUCCUAACUCGCAACUUCACUGUGCUUCGCUCUCCGCACUGCGUUUGCUUCGCGUCUCUUAUCUCUUAUAGGCUUCUUGCUGCAAAGUUAUCGUUAUCGCUUAGCCAAUGCUUCGGUCGAUGACUGAAAAAAUAAAAGACAAAAUACUUCCACGUAGCUAGAAGUGGCUUACAAAAGGACCCAUCGAUUCGGCCUUCACCGGGGUCGAAUCUCAGCCGCUGCUGCUGCGACUCGGAGGCGACACAAUUUAAUGUAUAAACGUGCUAGUAGCGUGCGGUUGUUGUUUGGAACAUUGCACGCGUGCAGUUGUGCGUAUGCAGGUGCGAAUUCCUGGCGAUGACUUUGCUUCCACGGAAUUAAGACUGUCGUGCUUUGACUAUCAAAUACCAUCUGCUGCUGACAUUCAGCAGCGGACGUAAAUUAAGUGCGCGAGGAUGGUUAAGCUUUCGGGCUCUUGAACAAGGCGCUUACUCCGUCACCAGCCGCGCACGAACCAUUGGAGGGCAGCAGCAGCUGGAUACGGUCUUCUGCGCGUAAAAGAAGGCCUAGCUCGCACCGACUUUCAAUAUUCAAUUUAAAUCAUGUUUCGUCAUUCCGCUAACUGCAGCCGCCAGUGCAACCCAAGCUGUAAGCACAAUCUGAGCGCUGUGAUGACACUUCGCGCAACGCCCGCAAAAGACAUUUCUGGUUGCAGGCGUAGUGCGAGCAGGCACCAAGUCGUAUCUGUCGUUCGUAUCGAUAUUAUUGUGUACAGCCGCGAUCGAUGUUAAAAGGAACGCAUGUGUGUCAUAAGACUAAAGUCUGAGACGCAGAAGGGAGAACAGCUGUCGAAUCAGCCGCAAAUUUCUGCCCCACUGUUUUGUGUGCUUAGCUGUCGUGUUGCGUGUCACCAUUGACGUCGAAAUCAAAGCCCCUUUUUCUUUUGCAUUUUUCGAACGUUGGUUAGUCCUUCUGUCUGCAGGUGGAAACAAGUUCGUGCACCGUGAAGCAGCUGCAACAGAGAACUGUCGUACACCUUCAAGUUCCUUUUGUGUCUGAAGUGACGUAGAUGUGCGUUAAACAUUGCUGUUUACGUCAUCGCGUCGCAGAUCUUCGAUGUCGACGAGCUGCACAGUUCGAGCGCCACACCUGGCGUCACUUGUACAAAUGGUUUCGAGUGUAAAUCUGUAUAUGUGUACACGUCACCCAGGAGUAGUAAUAAUAUAUAUUGACCGUUCUUUAAAGUAAUAUAUUUUGUUUUGAACAUUGAAAGAGUUUAUACCCGAAUGUGCGAGGCACGAGUUGCCAGGCACACCGUGAUAACGUGGCGCGUUGGCGCUGUGACCUGUGUGCGACGAGAGGGAGAGAGAGAGAGUCAGGCUAUCAGCAAUACCAAAAGCGCUUUCAGACCUAUAACGCUGGUGUUGAGUCUCGCUGUAUCGGACGUCCGUACAAUAGCCUGCGUGUCGAACAGAAGACAGCCACCUUUCCUUAUGUCGGUUUUGUUUUCUUGAACCCAUGCCAAAUCAGCGAUGUGUCAAGUCUGUACCUGUGUCUUUUUUUUGUUUGUUUUUUGUCUCCGUCAAAAAUAAAAAGCUCACAGUCAUGGAGCGUUACGUUAAUCCAA